AUGGAAUUUUCGCAUAAUGAUGGGUUAGUAAUUACUUUGCGCAUCUUAGAUACUGAUAUUAAGCGUGUUUUUGUUGAUCAGGGAAGUGCAGCCAACAUCAUAAACAUCAGGGUCAUAGAGGAGAUAAAAUUGACAAGCAAAAUAAUCCAUAAAUCCAUCAUUCUCACUGGGUUCAAUAAUUCAACAAAAAGAACUCUGGGUGAAAUCAUUUUAUCAGUAGUAGCGGGUGGAGUGGAGCUACAAACUGUUUUUUCAAUCAUGUCCUCUGCAAUGGCUUACAACAAUAUAGUUGGACAUCCAUGGAUUCACACCAUGAAAGAAGUACCAUCAACAUAUCACCAAGUAAUCAAAUUUCCAACGCCAUAG